GGCGUGACGUUCGAGUGCGGAUUGGCUGUUUGAGUCAUUCUAGUUUGGGCAGCAUACGUCGAUAAUGUUGAUAUACGUGGAAGGGUGUAUGUACGGGUUCGUCUUGAACGUCGAGUUCCACACUCUGAGGAUCAAGGAUACGAGCCCGAUGACUAUAACCUUCUUCGUUGGAUGGAAGUGGCGACCGACAUAAGCAGCAAAAUAGUAAAGUCUGCAAAUUAAUAAACGAUGAUAAACAGCGCAACGAAAUAGAAAGAGUAGAUCGAACAAGCGUUACAACUCUUCCAAAAAUGUCUGAUAAGGAAGCUAGAUCGAGCGAAAGCUCUAUAAUAACUAUGAAGGAGGAAGAGGAAAUGUUGAAGGAGUAUAUUAGAGAAAAAAUUAGAAAGCGUAAAGCGAUAGGGGCGCGAGCGAUGCGUAUCCGACUGUUACGUGAAUUUAUCGAAAAUAUGAGUCCCGUAAACUCUGAUGAAGAGGACGAGGAUGAAGAUUCUAUGAAAAAGGCUGAAGAAAAUAUGAACAACACCUUCAGCGAGUAUUCUUCCCAGAGGGAUAAACACCGAGGAUCAAUCAUUAAGGAAACCUUGGUGGAUAACCAUAACGAAUCUAUUAGCGAGGUAACCGCAUCCGUUCAUAUCCGGGAUUUGAAGCAGUAUGAUAACCCGGAGAACCGUCCGUCGUAUCGAUUAAUAUUUGAUAUUACCAACAAUGAGGUACAAAGGUACUUCCAAAUAAUGACGCCGCAGGAAGCGGACAUUAUGAAAGCUUUGUGUCAAACUGAUUCCAAAAUAUUAGGGGAUAUUGCAAGUAUCCUUAGCAGAAUAGUGGAAAAACCACAGGUCGAGCCGAAAUCUACAAAUACCUCAACACAACCACAGGAGGCAGCAACGACUUGUUUCACACCCAAGGGUUCGAGUACUCAGACAGCCAUCCCGAAAGUGAUUCUAACUCCCACUCAAGUGCCAUCGUCGGCGAAGGACCAACUUUGUGGGAAACUGGAGGCUAUGAAAGCCUUAGCGAACAAAACCUCACCGCCCAAGGACAGGCCAAUGUACGACUUGGUGUCGUCAUCCGAGGGUUUCGCUAUAAAUGACCGUGACGAAACUUAUACGCCAAUGGCAAAGAAGGAGAAAAUCAAAUUACCCAACCCAAAGGAAAACAAAAAACCAAUAGGAAGACCGAAGAAAGUCAAACAACCUAAUCAGUACACAAAGAGAAAGGACAGGGAUUUAAAUGAACAGGAGCCAAGGGUGUUGUCAGUACAAACAAUAACAAAAUCAAAAGACGCAUCGACGGUUGGAAGUAAGCGGAUGUCACCAGAGGUUCCAACGAUGGAUGUGGUGACGCACAAGUCCGAUCCAGUCGCAGUGGAAGAGGUGUAUCAGCAGCAUGCCUAAGAAGAGCCUUCCAAUCCCGUAAAAUCGGAAAUAGAAACAUAAAAUAGGAGCCUACAGACCAGA